CCAGAAAAGCUCGAACAAAGAAGAUCUCAUAUAGACCGAAACCAAACCUUUCUUUUUUCCUUAAAACCCAUUUUCAAAGUUUGGAUUUUUCACAUUAUCAUCUUUAAACAGAUCCAUUUUUUUUUUCCUAUUACAAAAAUCCUGAUCCAGGAGGAUCGAAAUUCACUAAAAUCACCGAUCAUCAUCACCGGAAGCUCUCGGCCUCAUCGGCAUGGCCGGCGCCGCCUCGGCGCUCUUCCUAUUAGACAUAAAAGGCCGGGUUUUGAUCUGGCGUGACUAUCGAGGCGAUGUUACUUCUGUUGAGGCUGAGCGAUUCUUCACUAAGCUCAUCGAUAAGGAGGGAGACCCACAGUCUCAGGAUCCGGUAGUCUACGAUAAUGGCAUUACAUACAUGUUUAUUCAACACAACAAUGUUUAUUUAAUGGCUGCUUCACGGCAGAACUGCAAUGCUGCUAGCAUUCUGCUCUUUCUUCACCGCGUCGUUGAUGUGUUUAAGCACUAUUUCGAAGAGUUAGAAGAGGAGUCCUUGAGAGACAACUUUGUGGUAGUGUAUGAGUUGCUUGAUGAGAUAAUGGACUUUGGUUUCCCUCAAUUCACGGAAGCUAAAAUCCUUAGCGAGUUUAUCAAGACUGAUGCUUAUAGGAUGGAGGUUACUCAGCGACCUCCUAUGGCUGUCACUAAUGCAGUUUCAUGGCGAAGUGAAGGCAUUCGAUACAAGAAGAAUGAAGUAUUCUUGGAUGUGGUCGAAAGUGUGAACAUACUUGUGAACAGCAAUGGCCAAAUAAUACGCUCAGAUGUAGUUGGGGCGUUAAAGAUGAGGACAUAUUUGAGUGGUAUGCCAGAGUGUAAGCUAGGCCUUAAUGAUAGAGUGUUACUGGAGGCUCAAGGUCGAACAACAAAAGGGAAAGCUAUUGAUUUGGAUGAUAUUAAGUUCCAUCAGUGUGUACGUUUGGCUCGAUUUGAAAAUGACCGAACCAUAUCCUUCAUACCUCCAGAUGGAGCUUUUGAUCUCAUGACUUAUAGACUCAGCACUCAGGUAAAACCUCUUAUUUGGGUGGAAGCACAAGUUGAAAGGCAUUCUAGAAGUCGUAUUGAAAUUAUGGUAAAAGCAAGGAGCCAAUUUAAGGAGCGCAGCACUGCAACAAAUGUGGAAAUUGAAUUACCUAUCACUUCUGAUGCUACAAAUCCUAUUGUCCGAACAUCAAUGGGGAGUGCUGCUUAUGCUCCUGAGAGUGAUGCAUUAGUCUGGAAAAUAAAAUCUUUUCCUGGUAAUAAGGAAUAUAUGUUGAGGGCUGAGUUCACUCUUCCUAGUAUAACUGCUGAAGAUGCAGCACCUGAAAGAAAAGCUCCCAUCCGUGUGAAGUUUGAAAUACCUUAUUUUACUGUCUCAGGAAUUCAGGUUCGCUAUCUAAAGAUCAUCGAAAAAAGUGGAUACCAGGCUCUUCCAUGGGUGAGAUACAUAACAAUGGCUGGCGAGUAUGAAUUAAGACUCAUUUAAAGGCUACUCGAAUGUGUAGAUUUUGUUUUUACUUUGAGAAGUUUCCUUCAAUAAUUUUGGUAAUAGUGAUAAUUCUCCUCUUGUGAUCUCGCAAAAUUUUUGUUCAAAUUGUAUGAUCUGUUUGUCAUGAUGCAAAUGUUGUACCAAGAAUGUUUUUUUUUUUAAUAUGCUUCUUUUUCCAAAAAUUUUGUUAGUAUUGAUAUAAUUCAGAAGCAAGAAUUCAUUCAA